AAUAUCUGUUUCUCACUCACUUAUCCGUAUGCGUCAUUACACAUUUGUGAGCACCUUUCGCACUCCAUUAUCUUAGCACAGAGCUCAGCUGCAAUGGCGACAUCUUCCUUCUCUUCUGCAACUGCUUAUCUCCACUCUUUUUCCCGCCGCAAUUCUUCCUUCUCUCUCCAAGGUAUUAACAAUGUGGAAUGCAAUCACUUGCAAAACCAACUUGCAGGAACUAGUGUUUCAUUAUGGAGGUCUUCUGCUAACUAUGUAAAGAUUGAUUUUGGUGUUAAAAAGAUUUCUGGAAAAUCUGUUGUUGUGAGACAAUUUUCCCAAAGAGCAGGAACUUUUAGGUGUGCAACUAUUGAGGAAAUUGAAGCCGAAAAGUCUUUGAUUGAGAAGGACACUAAACAAAGGAUGGAGAAGACAAUUGAAACAGUGCGCUCAAAUUUCAAUUCUGUUAGGACAAAUCGAGCUAAUCCCUCAAUGUUGGAUCGGAUAGAGGUUGAGUACUAUGGAACUCCAGUCAGCUUGAAAAGCAUUGCUCAAAUUAGUACCCCUGAUGCUAGUUCUAUUUUGAUAUCACCAUUUGACAAAUCGAGUUUGAAGUCUAUAGAGAAGGCAAUUGUUACAUCUCAACUUGGUUUGACUCCAAGUAAUGAUGGUGAUGUUAUUCGGUUGUCCCUGCCUCCAUUAACUUCAGAAAGAAGAAAGGAGCUUUCGAAAGUUGUAGCUAAACUUGCAGAGGAAGGAAAGGUUGCAGUGAGGAACAUAAGAAGAGACGCCUUGAAGGCUUAUGAAAAACUUGAGAAGGAAAAGAAGCUUUCAGAAGAUAAUGUGAAAGAUCUAUCUGCUGAUCUGCAGAAAAUGACUGAUGAGUACAUGAAGAAGGUUGAAUCGAUCUACAAGCAGAAAGAACAGGAGCUGAUGAAAGUCUGAGCGCUGUACAGAGAAUUUAAGUUGUAAAACUUUGUUUCCAAGACCCUAGUGGUUUGUUUUUGCUGUUUCUCUUGUGAAUAACAAUAGAUAUUUACAGAAAUAGGCGUAAUUUUAUUUAACAAAUCAAUAGAAUUAACUGAAUUUGCAAGAAUGUUUUGUAAUAGUUAUAGUUAGUAGCUUGGUGAAUUUCAGUUACCAACUUGAAAAUGCUAUUACUAUUGCUCAUUAUCUAUUUGUAUCAUCAUCUUCCUCGUUUAAGUGAAAAACAGCUAGUGGUAAAUUAUUCCCUUAGGUUUAAGCUAGUGUAUCAAAUUAGCCACUUAAGUAUGAUAAAUUGACAAUUUUAUUCAAAAAGAGUGUACUGCACUGAAUAUAUUGCAUGCUUUUUCUCUAAGGUUCUGCUCUAAAGCCUCCAAAAACCCACACCUUGGAUGGGUUCUGAAACAUCUCAGCCUAUGCAGUUAAGAAUACUUCAUUUCUCAACUUGUACUCAAGUUUAGUGCUUUUUUUUUUUAAUUUGGUUUCAAAGUUUUUUGGAUCAUAGAUUAAGCUAGCGGAGGGGAGGGUUUGAAGAGAAUCGAAUCCAACACUUAUUUGGACAAAGUAAUACUGUUUCAACUAAAACAAAAUCUGAUUCUCAUUUGGCUUCAAUUUUAUGAUGGCUUGUACCAAAUUUAAUAGUCUGGAUUUGCAACAUUUUUGGAAGUCCACAUGUUUGGUUUCAAACAGUCAAGUUGCAAUGUAUUUGUUCAUAGUCAAUCAGCUUGCUGUAUGAUCAAAUGCAAUAAUGUGAUGAAUCUAUUUUAAAGUAUCUUCAUUUUUAGUAAUUAAUUGGUAUAUGUUUGGUUAAAUUUCAUUUUUAGUGAAUUAUUUGCCAUAUUUUGGUUAAUUUUAGCACAAGAUUAAAUCGGUUUCAAGACGUCAUAUUUCACAAUUCAGUUCCUAAACCAUUUUAGGAACCUGUUCAGUGGGCACCUGAAUUGAGUAAUAUUUCGGCAAUCAACUUCUACAUCAAAUUUAAGUCUAUCAAAUAAAAAAAGAUUGGCACAACUUCUGAUUAACUGAUGUGCAAAGCUGUUUAUGACAAACGGUAAAUGUGAGCUACCACAAUCAAGCAUCAUGAAGAUUAUUGUCGUGUGUCCAGUUUACGAGUCUGUUAGAUAGCACCGUAGCAGCCCAAUCAGAUUCCCAUGAUAGCUGCAUCGCUCCAAUAUGUUAAACAAAACAGCACUGCAACACGGCAACAGAAGACUACAGCUUCAACUUGUUUCGAAGGCCAACGUCAGAUAAGGUGAAUCAAAUUAUUGUUCACAGUUAUAGCACCUGCAUAUAAUUUGCUUC